CCACACUGCUGUGAGUUCGCACGUUAAAAACAGAGGGUGAAAUCCCCCCCCAGCCCAUGGAGACAGAAACACCGAAAUAAACGGCACGGAUUAACGGAUGAGAUUGACAGCCAAAAACGCGCGGUUGGGAGAAUUUGUAACAUUGAACAGAUUGACGCAGCGCUGUUAUAAACUAACCCCGGUUGAUUCUGCAGACAGAGACACAGAGGUGUUACCUACCCCCCUCCCUUUGACUCGUUACUAUUCCUGCAACAUUACCUCAACUUUCCUGUCGGGUUUAUUUGGGAUACUACUACCUGAACCGUUUUGGAUUUAAGAACCUCCUAAUUAGGCUACUGUCCUCCGCUGUGUUUCUGCUCCUGGGUUUGGACUAACGUUUUGGAUUAUUUAUUAUUUUUGCUGCUGUGGUGAACACUUGUAACCUUCAAGGAUAUCUCAAGAGUGAUUUUGAAGGUGCACCAACCGGUAGGUUACGAUUGGUUUACGGUGGUUACUUUCCAAGACGGGCCUCGUCUCUCCUCUACACCGCUCACGGCAUCAGGUGGCCGGCCACUGCAGAGAGAGAGAGAGAGAGAGAGAGAGAGAGAGAGUGGUCUAACGCUCUGCCUCGGAGGAAAACGCAGACUCGUCAUUGUGUGUGUUCGAGUGAUAGAGAGAGAAAGGGAGAGUGAGAGGAAGGGAGACAAGAGGGAUUGAGUGUGUGUGUGCGUGCGAGGUGUUGCUUGGACAGACGCAGUGAAAACGUUCCCGUUUUCUUCUCUUCUCCCUCACACACACGCAGUCUCGGAGAGCUCUUUUACCGACAACACACACACGGAGUGUGAUUCUAAGCACGGGGCUCUUCCCGGUGUUAAACGGACGUCUGAAGGGAAAUCAAUACCUCAGCCACGUUGACCUGCACGAGAUCACGAUUUCUUCGCUCUGCGCGUGCUGUGAAUGAAUAAUACAACAGCCAAUCACUCACCCACCUCGCUCUGUGUCUAAUCUCACCUGGUGCGUGUGUGUGUGUGUGUGUGUGAGAGAGAGAGGGAGAGUGUGUGUGUGUUCACCAAAGGUUCAUUAGGAGGUGUUUCUUGGGUUUACCGUGUAUACAUCGCUUCACACGGAGGGGAUUACCGCACUGCAUGCCGCGGCCAUGUGGAAGAACUUUGUGCCGCUCUAGCGCCAGUUGUCCGUCUACCAGCCUGCCGCCCUGCCUCACUCUUUCCGCCCGGCCGCUGUCAUCCAGACUUGCGGGUUUCUUCUGACAUGUGAUUCUUAUAUACUAUAUAUACUUAUAUACUACAAUAAAACCGCCACAACGAGGAGGAGCAAAACACACAAAAUAAACAAACAACAGAAAGAGAGAAAGAGUUGGAAUCCUCCUCGUGGGAUUUUUAACUCCUCCUGUGGAUUUACAACCCUUCGGUGACUCCUCGGCCCCUCUCCUUAGUGGGCUACCAAACCAGUCCACUGCAGUAACAAUGUCCCUACGGUCGAGCCUCUUUGCUCCGGCCUCAGCUCUGGGUCUGUGUCGCUGUCUGCUGGCUGUCCUGGUGGUCCUGGGGCUGUCCAGCCGGGCAGAGGGCCAGCCAUGCCCGGCGCAGUGCUCCUGUUCCGGCUCUACUGUGGACUGUCACGGCCAGGGUCUCCGCAGCGUUCCCAGGAAUAUACCACGCAAUGCAGAGAGACUGGAUCUGAACGCUAAUAAUCUGACUAAAAUCACCAAGGCCGACUUCGCUGGACUGAGGAAUCUGCGUGUGCUUCAGUUGAUGGAGAAUAAGAUCAGUCUGAUAGAGAGAGGAGCCUUCCAGGACCUGAAGGAGCUCGAGAGACUGCGUCUGAACAGGAACAGUCUCCAGGUUUUUCCAGAGCUUUUGUUCCUGGGAACUCUGAAACUCUACAGACUUGAUCUCAGUGAGAAUCAGAUUCAAGGGGUUCCCAGGAAAGCCUUCAGGGGAGCCGUAGAAAUAAAGAACCUCCAGCUGGAUUAUAACCAGAUCAGCUGUAUAGAGGACGGAGCGUUCAGAGCUCUACGAGACCUGGAAGUACUAACUCUGAACAACAACAAUAUAAGCCGUCUGUCGGUGGCUAGUUUCAACCACAUGCCCAAACUGAGAACCUUUCGUCUCCACUCCAACAACCUGUUGUGUGACUGUCACGUGGCCUGGUUGUCAGAGUGGUUGAGACAGCGUCCCCGUCUGGGUCUCUACACACAGUGCAUGUCCCCUCCUACCAUGAGGGGACACAACGUGGCUGAGGUCCAGAAGAAAGAGUUCGUAUGCACAGGCCACCAGUCCUCCCUCUCCUGCAGUGUUCUCCAGUGUCCGGACUCCUGUACCUGCAGUAACAACAUAGUGGACUGUAGAGGAAAGAGCCUUACUGAGAUACCUGACAACCUGCCUGAGACCAUCACAGAGAUUCGGUUGGAACAGAAUUCUAUCAAGGCUAUUCCUGCUGGAGCCUUCUCUCCUUACAAGAAGCUACGCAGAAUAGAUCUCAGUAAUAACCAGAUAUCAGAACUGGCACCAGAUGCUUUCCAAGGCCUGAGAUCUCUCAACUCUCUGGUGCUCUACGGGAAUAAGAUCACGGAAAUCUCCAAAGGUUUGUUGGAGGGACUGUUUUCUCUUCAGCUACUGCUGUUGAAUGCUAAUAAGAUAGCGUGCCUGCGUGUCGAUGCGUUCCAAGACCUCCACAACCUCAACUUGCUCUCUCUAUACGACAACAAACUACAGACCAUCGCUAAGGGAACCUUUGCUUCACUACGAGCCAUACAGACCCUCCACCUGGCCCAGAACCCGUUUAUCUGUGACUGCCAUCUGAAGUGGCUGGCAGACUACCUCCAAGACAACCCGAUUGAGACCAGCGGAGCUCGCUGCACCUCCCCCCGUCGCCUCGGCAACAAACGCAUCGGACAGAUCAAGAGCAAGAAGUUCCGCUGUUCAGGUACGGAGGACUAUCGCAGUAAGCUGGGAGGAGACUGUUUUGCCGACCUGGCCUGUCCUGAAAAGUGUCGAUGCGAAGGGACCACGGUUGACUGUUCCAACCAGAAGCUGACCAAGAUACCGGAACACAUCCCUCAGUACACACAGGAACUUCGUCUGAACAACAAUGAGUUUUCAGUGCUGGAGGCGACCGGGUUCUUUAAGAGGCUGCCUCAGCUCAAGAAGAUUAACCUCAGUAACAACCGUAUCAGUGACAUAGAGGAGGGGACAUUUGAAGGAGCGACGGGAGUCAAUGAGUUGAUCCUGACUUCUAACAGACUGGAAAACAUCCACCAGGGCAUGUUACAGGGUCUCAACGGACUACGCACACUUAUGUUGAGGAGUAACCGUAUUAGGUGUGUUAGUAACAGCAGCUUUGUGGGUCUGAGUUCUGUCAGACUGCUGUCACUCUACGACAACCUGAUCACCUCUAUGACCCCGGGAGCCUUCGACACACUACACGCGCUGUCCACACUGAACCUGCUGGCCAAUCCCUUCAACUGUAACUGCCACCUGGCAUGGCUUGGUGAUUGGCUGAGGAGGAAGCGUAUCGUCACGGGCAACCCCCGCUGUCAGAACCCUUACUUCCUGAAAGAGAUCCCUAUACAGGAUGUAGCCGCACAGGACUUCACCUGCGACGAUGGUAAUGAUGAGAACAGUUGUAGUCCAGUGUUGAGGUGUCCUGCAGAAUGCAGCUGUCUGGAUACAGUGGUCCGCUGUAGUAACAAGGGCCUCAGCACCCUGCCUAAAGGACUGCCCAAGGACACCACAGAACUGUAUCUGGAUGGUAACCAGCUCACACAAGUUCCAGUGGAACUCUCAAAUUACAAGCACUUAACACUCAUUGAUCUGAGUAACAACCAAAUCAGCACGUUGUCCAACUACAGCCUGAGCAACAUGACAGAACUACUGACACUAAUCCUAAGCUACAACCGUUUGAGGUGCGUACCAGUCAGGGCCUUCGAUGGACUCAAGUCUCUACGGUUACUGUCUCUCCAUGGAAACGACAUAUCUGUGAUACCGGAGGGAGCUUUCAAAGACCUGGACUCGCUCUCUCACCUGGCUCUGGGGGCCAACCCCCUAUACUGUGACUGUAGGAUGCAGUGGCUGUCUGACUGGGUGCAGAGUGGGUAUAGGGAACCGGGUAUCGCCCGCUGUGCCGGUCCUGGAGACAUGACAGACAAACUACUGCUGACCACACCGUCCAAGAAGUUCACCUGCACAGGUCCUCUAGAUUUGAGUAUCCAGGCGAAGUGUGACCCGUGUCUCUCCAACCCCUGUCACAACGACGGUACCUGCUCCAACCAUCCCGUCACCUUCUACCGCUGUAGCUGCCCCUACGGAUUCAAGGGUCAGGACUGCGAGGAACCUCUCCAUGCCUGUAUUGGUAACCCCUGUCAGAACGCUGGUACCUGCCAUCUGAAAGAAGGGGAACGCAGUAACUCCUGGUGUGUGUGUGCGGAGGGUUUCGAGGGGGAUGUGUGUGAGAUCAACGUUGACGACUGUGAAGACAACGACUGUGAGAACAACUCCACCUGCGUCGACGGAGUCAACAACUACACCUGCAUGUGUGGCCUGGAGUACACAGCUGCUACCAAUGAGGUGGAGAGAGGUGAGCUGUGUGAGGAGAAAUUAGAUUUCUGUGCUCCAGAGUUGAACCCCUGCCAGCACGACUCCAAAUGCAUCCUGACCCUUCAGGGGUACAAGUGUGAGUGUACCCCAGGCUACGUGGGGGAUCAGUGUGAGCUGGACUAUGAUGACUGUGAGGAGAACAAGUGUCAGAACGGAGCUCAGUGCAUUGAUGCGGUCAACGGAUACACCUGUGUCUGUCCUGAGGGAUACAGCGGUCUGUUCUGUGAGUUCUCUCCUCCCAUGGUUCUGCCGCGCACCAGUCCCUGUGACGACCACGAGUGUAUGAACGGAGCGCAGUGCGUUGUCGUGGAGACGGACCCCCGCUGUCAGUGUCUCCAUGGUUACGAGGGCGAGUGGUGUGAGACGCUAGCCAGUGUCAACUUUGUCAACCGACGGUCUUACCUGCAGCUGCCCUCUAGUCUAAUCACACCUGAGACAAACAUCACACUACAGAUUGCUACAGAUGAGGACAGUGGUGUGUUGCUGUAUAAAGGAGACAAGGACCACAUUACCAUAGAGUUGUAUAGAGGACGUCUCCGUGUCAGCUACCACACUGGAACAAACCCUGCCUCUGCUAUAUACAGUGUGGAGACAGUAAAUGAUGGUGUAUUCCAUGUGGUAGAGUUGGUGGCAUCAGAUCAGACUGUGUCUCUGUCUAUUGAUGGAGGACCAGUCAAGUCUAUCAACUCUCUGAGUAAACAGUCAACACUCAGCAUCGAUUCUCCUCUAUACCUGGGAGGUAUGCCAGAUCGUUGGUCAGUCUCUGCAGCGCUGCAGUCUGGAGUUGGGGGGCAGAACGGGACCAGCUUCCACGGCUGUCUCAGGAACCUCUACAUCAACGGACAGCUGCAGGAUCUGGGGGUCGGACUGGAGCAGGGACAGACUGGGGUCGAAGCGGGAUGCCAGCCGUGCCAGGCAGGUGUGUGUGGCCAGGGUGAGUGCCACCCAACCGGUCAGAGAGGCUUCUCCUGUACCUGCCACCCUGGAUGGACCGGAGACCGUUGUCAGGACCAGGUCAACAACCCCUGUGAUGGGAACAAGUGUAUCCAUGGUUCAUGUCUUCCUAUCAAUUCCUACUCCUACUCCUGUCGCUGCCAGCCAGGAUUCCUCGGGGUGCUGUGUGACGAGGCAGACCAGGAAGUGCUGGACCCCUGUCAGCUGACCAGAUGUAAACAUGGGAAAUGUAGGCUGUCUGGCCUGGGCAAAGCCUACUGUCAAUGUAACCCAGGAUACACGGGGGACGCCUGCGACAGAGAGGUGGUCUGUCGAGGGGAACGGCUCCGAGCUGUCUACCAGCUCCAGAGGGGCUAUUCGGCGUGUGAAACCCAGGAGAAGGUCUCCCGUCUAGAGUGCCGCGGCUCCUGUCCGGAGGGGGCUGAAGGGGGGGGCGGGAGCGGCUGCUGCUCCCCUUUACGUUCCAAACGCAGGAAAUACACCUUCCACUGCACCGACGGCUCCUCCUUCGUACAGGAAGUGGAGAAGGUGGUGAAGUGCGGCUGUACAAAGUGUCCUCCCUCGUAAAACGUCCCCCCUUUACCCUGGGAUGAAAGGUUCCGCCUCCUGUUCCUGCUCCUGUCUCUCUCUGGAAGGAAACCCAUCCCUCUCUCCUCCGACCUCAUCCCCCUCUCCUCCUCCUCCAACCUCAUCCUCCUCCUC